CAGCAGCAGCAGCAGCAGAAGCAGAAGCAGAAGCAGUGAGCCUCAGUGGACGUUUCUGGGAUUUCUGCGUGUGUUUGAAUUAGAUGAGACGCUCGGGACCUGCGUCUACCUGCGUACACCGAACCACUGCCUUUGGAUAUUUUGCUGCCACUUAAGACGCAUCCGCACACUUCAGACUCGUGGUAUUUCUGCUUCUGAAGCGAGCUGCUGUGUCAUAAACAGCACGCCCGAGGGAAGACUCAUCACCAAACUUUUAAAAGGGAGACUUCGCAACUUUGGCAACAUCUACUAGCUGGUGAACAUCGCUGUGAGUUCAUGUGGUGUACCGUUUGACAGAAGCGGAACAUUUCUCUGGGAAAACUUCACAGAAGGCUUUUGAAACAUGUUCAGCAAGUGCUCCGUUGUGAUAUUGAACGUCCUCUUUCUGGUGCGGGCGCUCUCGGCUCACGAGUGCACGCCGUGUAAUCUCCGGACUUGUCCAGUCAAAGCCCCGCACGGCUGCGAGGGUGGCCGGACCUUGGCCAGGGACCCGUGCGGAUGCUGUGACCAGUGCGCCCGGCUGGAGUGGGAGCCCUGCGGCGGACAAGACUGGACGCACGGCUACUGCGCCCUGGGGCUGACCUGCGCCUCUGUAAACAAAACCGGAGCUGCCACUAUACCUGAAAUUGGAGUGUGUAAAGUUCUCCCUGACCAUCUGGAGGCAGGCCUGGUGGACGAGCGCUGUCCCCUGAUGACCGGCUGCGACAGAGCUGGAGGACAGUGUGUGUGUGAUGCCCGUCACUCCUGCUUGGGCUCUUUCUCCUAUCCAGACCAAGAAACCUGCAUGAAGGCCGGCAAGUCAGAGGGUCGGAAGCACGAGCACCGGGAAAGACACAGAGAGAAGUAUGUGGGACCAUCCAACCCGGCCUGCAUGUUCUCUGGGUGUAACCUGACCGCUGAGGGCUGUGUGUGUGAGUCUCAGAGCUGCCACCACCACUUCGCCUACAUCAACCGCAGCCAGUGCCAGGAAGCCGCAGAGGAGCUGAGGUGUGCCGGGGUGACGUGUCCCGCCCUGCAGGUGCCCUCCUGCCCCCACGGUUCAGUCCUGACCAAGAGUUACACGCCCCCUGCUGGUUGCUGUCCCUCCGUACCUCCCCAGUGCACUUGCGACCUCCGUGCCUGCCACAAGCCCCAGUGCCCGAGCGGACAGCGAGCCGUGUCGCUCAGCCAGGCCAGCGGUCAGCCAGGAGACUGCUGUGAUGUCUUUGAGUGCCAGAAAGUCUCUCCCAAGUGCGUCCACAAUGGAAAGGAGUUCUCCGAGGGAGAGGUGUAUCGCAUGGACCCCUGCUGGCUGUGUCAGUGCAGAGGAGGAAUCUCCUUCUGCUCCAAGGCAGAGUGCGCUGAGCUGGAUUGUGAAAACUUCUACAUUCCUGAGGGCGAGUGUUGCCCCGUCUGCAUAGAUGUGGAGUUACUAUCGAUGGACAGCACUAAGGCCAGCUGCUGGGUGAAUAAUAAGCUCAGAGCUCAUGAGGAGCAGUGGAAAGAGGACGACUGCACCUUCUGCCAGUGCGUGGAUGGAGAACCGCACUGCACAGCCAUGGCCUGCAAGCAGAGCUGCCAGAACCCUGUCAAGAUCCCCGGAGAGUGCUGCCCUUUCUGUGAAGAGCCUUCUUAUGAAACAGUUAGCCCCAUGCUAUGUCCUCCCCUGGAAAACUGCUCACUGUCAGGGAAUGAAUGCCCCUAUGGUUUCCAGCAAGACAAAAAUGGAUGUCUGCUCUGCCAGUGUCUCAACAAUGACUCCUGCCCCGAACUGGGAAAAUACUGUUCCUUGCAAUGCCCGAUGGGAUACGAGAGGGACGAUUUUGGCUGCGAGGUGUGUGAGUGCAGCAUCCCCAUGCCCAAGUGCCGACCUCUGACCUGCACUAAGACCUGCCCUUAUGGAUACGUGAGGAACAAACAUGGCUGUGAGAUGUGCCGCUGUGUCAAGUGUCCCCCCUUCACCUGUGACAAGCACUGCAGCGACGGCUACCGACAGAACCGGAAGGGCUGCUCCAUCUGCAUGUGUAAAGAAAGUGGUCAUGUCCCAAGCACCACUGCCCCGGCCCCAAUGCCCAACUAUUGCCUCACCUCCAAUGGGCACCGAUACGAGGAAGGUGAUGGCUGGCACGACGGCUGUCGUGACUGCUACUGCCACUCUGGACGGGAGAUGUGUGUGCUCAUUUCAUGCCCUGUACCCAGCUGUUCUCAUCCAGUCGUCAGGCCUGACCAGUGUUGUCCUACAUGUGAAGAUGAGUCAGGCAGCGGUCAGCCAGAGGGGAUGGACAUGGUGGUGUGCAGAGCACCUGGGGGGGAAUUCUAUGUGGAGGGGGAGACCUGGAACCUGGACGAGUGCACGCGCUGCACCUGCAGGAAGGGACGUGUCCUGUGCGACACUGAAGUGUGUCCCCCGGCUCUCUGCCAGACACCAAUCAGGAACAAGGACACCUGUUGCCACGUAUGCCCAGAGGAGACACUGAGCCCCUUGCUGCCAGUGAACAGCAGCCAGCAGGAGUACUGCAUAACCAGCGAUGGCGACGUGCUGCUGGCUGGAGACUCCUGGAAGGCGAACGCCUGCACCAGCUGCACCUGCAACAACGGCACCAUUCAGUGUUUCUCUCAGCGCUGUCCGGCUGCCAACUGCAGGGUGCCCGUCUUACGCAAGGGCCAGUGCUGCCCACACUGUCUGGAAAUUACAACGUCCGUGCCGGUGAUGGUGUCUACCAAUGCCCCCAAGACAACAGUUACUGCUACAGUGGAGAGUGCAGUGUGGAUCACCACUGUCACUGUGCCCCCCAUCAUCGCUGAAACAGAUGAGCCAGGUUUGGGUGAAAAUUACCCCAGCCAAACAGAGAUGGCCCUCAUCUACCAAUCAGCUGCCUGGAUCCUGGCAGGUCUCCUCCUGGCCAUCAUCAUCUUCCUCAUUGUGGCGUUACUCAUCAACAAGAAAAAGAAGUGGGUGCAGAUGUCCUGCUACAGUGCACCAAAGAAGACGGUGAUCCUAAAGAAGCAUGUAAACAAGAACUCAGUGGUCUACAUGGAGCCCUCCAAGGAGAACAAAUUUCAGAACGUGAAGAACGACUGCGGCAUCAUCCACUUCUCUCCAGACAUGAGCUCCCCCUGCGCGGACAAGAUGACCAUCCCCAGGGCCAAGCUGAGCAUGGGCAACGACUGGACGUCGCGCUAGAAAACACACCACUCAGACUCUGCAGAUCGGAGCUGUCCGGCACCUCCCACUCUCUCUUAACUGCUGUAUCCGAGGUGAUUCGCGGGCACCACCACGUUCGCACCCUUUUCUCUGUGUGACAGUAAAAACCGAGGACGCUUUACAAGAGACAAAGCAAGCGACCUCUGUUUCUUUUAUCAUGUGUCCAUAUUCUUCUGUGUUUGGACCUUUUUUUUUUUUUUUGGGUGGAGUGAGACAUCGGGAGGUGGAUGGACGGGUGGACAUGUAAAGGACACAGCCACUCUGGGCUCUGCUUUAAAACAGAGAAGGAGGCAGCCAGAGAGGCUCCUCUGUCAGAAUCAGACUUUGACUGUGAACAUUGUAAUAUUAUUGCUUAAUAUUGCCUCCUUUUUGAAACUGGAACUUGGAGGCAGUAAGAGGAGCAUAAAAAGCUUUAGGACAGGGGUUUGGGCUGUAGUUAAAAGGGGACGGAGAGGAUACUGCCCCCCCCCCAGCCCCACCCCUGAGUGCAUCAGUGCUUCAUGGAUGUAAUUAUCAUCAUCAUCAGCAGGGAGGCCAAAGGAACUGAUAAUCCAGUUGGAUCAAAUGGAGUUCAGCAGCCAAAUCAAGUCAACAGGCUUUAUAUAGACCCCCUGAUCCAAACCCCUGCUUUAGAAUGUGUGGUUUCCAUCUUAGUUUUUGUAUAUUUUUACAGUAUUUGUACUAGUUGUAGUUGUUAUUGGCCACCUCUUGUUUUUUUUUCUAUCAUGGGUGUCUCCAUGGGGCCAGAUUGAAUUAUUUUUGAAAAUGCCCAUCUAAACAUUCCCCACCAUCAGGAUGUUCAAGGAAGGACACGCUUCCCAUAUAAAAGCCUUGUUUCUACCUUCAAAUGACCCGAGUCAUUCCAUCCAGAAAACCCCAACAUCAAACCACAAUUGUACAAAGGAAACGUGAAUUCUCUCUCUAAACUGGUCAGCCAUUCAGCAGCUAAUCAUCUUCAACUUCCCAGUCAGCCUCAUCUGAACCGGGCUCCUUCCAGAAGGAAUCAGCCCUGUCAGUUGUAAUUCAUCAUCUCAAAAAUCAGUUGAGUUGGAGUUGAAACGGAGUGAUAUUCAUCCAGGGUGAAUGUCAUUUUAUUGACAGUAGACGAGAGAAAAUGGUGCCAGAUGCUUCAUCUGGACCAGUGUGGAAUGGCUUUGAUAUCGUGCCAUGCCUCACUUCUUAACUUCAUUCACAGCUCUGUCUCUCUCUCUGUCUCUGUGUGUGUGUGUGUGUGUGUGUCUGUGUGUGUGUGUGGUGGAGCUACUGUUCACACCGAAUGUUAAUGAUGGUUAGUUAUCAUUCUUUUUUUAAAGCCUUAAUUCUAUAGCCUUAAUGCUUUUUCUUUGUUAUCUUGUUUCAUUUAUUAACUGUGUUAGCCAAUAUCAAGGAAUCUAAAAAAAACAAAACAGUAAUUUAUUCACCCAUCAUUAAGAUGAACAGAUUGCCACUGAUGGUUCUCAUCAGCUCUUAUACUCUCUAUACUGGUGAAUUAUAUGAUGUGUGGACAAGAGAUUUGAAGGGGAGCCUGUUUGUAACUGUACAUAAUGGUACACAUUACAACAUCAGAGCAUGUUAAAGAGACAUAGCACUUUUCUUUGGAGCCAGUGUUUUUUAGAAAGCCCACUGCAGGAUUCUUGAAGGGAUAAAGGCCCUAAUCAGGGAUUUGAUAGGCAUAUUAAGCACACCACUUAAACCACUCAAGUGAACACGCUGUUGCAGCUAGAGGCUCCGCACCAAUCUGAUCAGUACGGAGAAGGAUGGAAUCUGAGCAGCAUUACGAAACAAAAUGAGGUUUCGUAUGAAAAAAGGUUUUGGAUCAGAGUUCUCGAUCCAUUGCCAAUUUCUCAAUACAAAGACCAUUCUGAUGCCAAAAUUGGUUGGAGACCAAUUAAUAUUGAAGUGUUUUAGUAACAGUAGAUUUGUGUCUGUCUGAAUCAUGACCAUGUGCUUUAAAAUGAAGAGGUGACUGUAAAAACUUACGCAAUUUCUUUGUUCUUCUAAUGUGAAAAAAAAAAAAAAAAAAAAAAAAAAGUAGUUUAAAUUAGUAGAACAGAAGAGUACCUUAUUUAUUUUUUCACAUAGCUUUAUUUAUUAAUACUAAACUAUAGUUUGAGAUUUUUUUUUUUUCUUUUUGAAAAAUGAACUUUUGGUAGCCAAAGCUGCUGUACAAUGUAGAUCAUUUACCAUUUCUAUCUGCUAUAUUCUAUACAACCUUAUUUAUUUCACUGUUGCAGACCCUGUAAAUAUGUUUCCUAGAUGAUGAACUGUAACAUUUACACUUAUUUUGAAAAAUAAAUGUGUGAACCAAAGUGGCCGCACUGAAUUUCAAUGAUACUGAAGCUUGGUUGGAGCAGCACGUCCCCCAAAGUGCAGUGAUGUCAUCCAACAUGGUAUCUGUUAGUGGUUUUUACUUCACUCGCAGAUUUGUAGACUCACGCACAUCUGGUCCUGGACUUCUGCUCCAAAUGGGAAUUUGUCUUCUCUUAGUUGCUUUAAAUCUGAUCGUUUCUCUUACCAUGGUUGUUCUCUUAUCUCAGUAGCACAAGCAGAUGUGUUAAGUGUUGGUGGCUUGUUUCUGAGCAGGGAUGAGGUCCUUUGAGAUUUGAGUGCUAGCGAAGACCAAGUAGACCUCUCAUCUAUCCAAUGGGCUAAUAAAACACCGGAAAACACGAAGACAACCAGCCAAAGCUGGAAACCUGGAUAAUCCUCAGUGCAGACUGCACUGUUGUUUUGACUUGUCCGUCAAAGCUUGCUCAUAAACUUCAAGGUAAGGAAGCUUUUCCGGAAGGAUCAAUUAAGCAAACAGUAGGGUUAGUUUCCCAGACCUUGAAAAUGUAAAAUCCUACAAAGCUUUUAGACUAUUGAAAAUAAACUGAACAAUAACUGGA